AUGACAUCCGCCGACAUAGACAGCUACACCCAAUACGGCCUCUACCUCGACCCAACAACCAAAAGCAUCUCCCUCCCCAACACCGAAGGACAGACCCCUUCCCAAAUUGAAACCAUCAAUGCCGAACUCCAACAACUAAACAUCCUACAUCGCGCCUUGAUCGGCCUCGAUUCACCGAACGUCCCACCACCACCUCUGCCUAUCAACCCCAAACGCAGCGCACAGAUCACCAAGCUCCGCGACACCGCGAACACGGCGUUCCGCAAAUCAAACUAUGCGGAGGCAAUCAAAUUGUACGGCUACGCGAUCGAUAUGGCCUAUAGUCGACCGGCGUGGGAACCCGUGAAUCUCGUCCGCGACGAAUUGUCGGGUCUCUAUGCGAAUCGCGCGCAGGCAUACAUGUCUCAGCAGUCAUGGGCGGAGGCCUGGAUUGACUCGAAGUGUAGCGCGGAGUGUAAACCCGUGGGUAACGUGAAGGCAUGGUGGAGAGGUGGAAAGUGUCUUGUUGAAAUGGGACGGUACGAUGAGGCUCGCGCUUGGGUUGAGCAGGCUUUGGGUCUUGAAGGGCCGGCUAGUGAGGGUGGGAAGGAGUUGGUUGCGCUGUUGGCGGAUAUAGAGGCUGGAAGCAAGAAGGUUUAA